AAUGGUUAACUCCAAACCCGGAAAAGGGCGAAGUCUGCACAGCAACAAGCGCCAUGAUUGCGUUGCACUGUGCGUCUCAGCAGUCAGCAGCUGGGUGCAAUGGAGCAGCUAGAAGAGGAACUUACAUGCCCAAUCUGCUGCGGUCUGUUCGAGGACCCGCGGGUCUUGCUGUGCUCACACAGCUUUUGCAAGAAAUGCUUGGAGGGACUCUUGGAGGGGAAUCGAGGUCCAGCUUUUAGGACACCUUUCAAAUGCCCCACCUGCCGCAAAGAGACCCCCCACAACGGCGCAAACAGCCUGCAGAUCAACUACUCUCUGCGCGGGAUAGUCGAGAAGUUCAGCAAAAUAAAGGUUAUACCCAAAAUGUCUGUAUGUAAACAACACUCCGGUCAGCCUCUUAACAUAUUUUGCGCCACCGACUUGAAACUAAUAUGUGGAUUUUGCGCAGCGACGAAUGACCACGAAGGGCACAAGUUCUGCUCCUUGGAGGAUGCGUAUGAACGGGAGAAGAAGGCGUUUGAUGAGCUGCUUUGCGGGGUGAAGAACUGGCGUAGCGCAGAUUACCUGUCCUGCCUGGAUACACUACAAGCCAGUAAGAAAAGGGCGCUUCUGUCGGUCAGUAAGGACGCAGAGAAGGUAAAAAACUAUUUCGAGAAACUCAUCAGUGCCCUUGAAUGCAAAAAGAAUGAGAUCCUGUCCGACUUCGAAACACUAAAGCUGGUGGUGAUGCAGGCAUACGACCCGGAGAUCAGCAAGCUGAGCGCAGCGCUGGAGGAGCAGAAACGGGCGCUCAGCAUCGCUGGGUCUUUCGGGAGCGUUUCCGACCCCCUGUGCUUUCUGCAGCAGAUGCAAGAGUUCCGGGACAAGUUGAAGCUGCUUAAGAAUACUCCACUGCCGUCUCGGAAAGACAUGGACGUCGGACCCCUUGUGCGUAAUUUCGACGUUAAAAACUGGGAUUCAUUGAGGCUCAGGGAAGUGGACAGGAUGUCGGUCCCCCACGAGAGUGGCUCCUACCGAAUAGGGAACAAACGCAUGGGAGUGCCCAGAUGGAUCAGCAUUCUUAUCCUCACACUUAUCACCUCGUUGGUGCUGUCUCUGCUGCUGCCGCACACCUUCACAGCAACAGCCUGAUCUACACUGAAGUUGCAAUCAAACAAACCUAAAAUACUUAACAAAAAGCACACAAAGAAACAAACCAGGAAGCAUGCCCGGACAUGUCAUCUUCUCGGCUCAGCCUUUUUAACCCAUUCCUACAGACACUUGCUACCCAUACAAUGACCUUAAAGAGUCACCUGACCCCAAGGUUGAAAGGUCAAGUAACCUCCUACACCCAGCUGGGCAAAAGGGACAUGGACAUGACAACCCAUCACCUCCCCAGAUCAAGUGGUCUGGGUUAGCCUCUUCUGGUCUGUUUUACAGAGUCUUCUGCAAGUACAAGCACAAAGUAAAGGGAGAUCCGCAUUGAAAUCAUCAACUGCGAAAAACAGGGAACAGCAAUCACAUCCAUCCAUGUGACAAGGUCUUUGCAAAAAUAUCACUGAUUAAAACUAUUUGGCCAUCUCAGAAUUACAGUGCAUGGAACCACACUGUAAGACAUUUUCUUCUCCAUUUUACAAGCAAGCUAUAUCCUUACCCAAUUACAAAUCUGUUUCAUGUAGCGUGUAAGCCAGAUAAACAUCAGGGAUUAGCCUAGCCAAAUCAUUGUUGUUCUGCAUAUGGCAAGACAACUGCACAGGGUGAAAAUAUACUAUGUUCACUGUGCCACAGCUUUACAAUUAAUGAUGAAAUGUUUCACCAACUACUGGGCAAUAUUUACACAGCAUGAGAUCUUUUCAUCAUCUCCGCACAAAAUAGAUCAGUCCACAAAAUAACAAAGGACUCAACUGUCAUGUCCCCCCCAAGAGGGGGGAAGAAAAAGAGAAAAAAAAAAGAAAAAAAAAAAAAAGAGGCAGAUUACCUUUAAGAGCUGUUUAAGAGCAACUCAGAAGGUGAUGAAUAGUUUUACUGUUCACAGUAGUCCAAGGAUGCUACCAAUAAAGAAAGAACUGCUUUGUUCCUUUCUAGAAUAAACACCCCCCCCCCAAAAAAAAACAAAAAAAAAAAAAAACAGCACUGUAAUGACAGUAUGUGUUAAUUCAAGAAAAGCCAGUUACAUUUGCAUGGCCACUCACACAUGUAAAGCAGUGACUGGGAUUCCCUGGAAGCUCCAGCAAUAUUUUUCAAACUGCAGAAGCAUUAGAAAACAUAUACAUCAGGAUCAACAACUGAAUAAACCCAUCUCACAGGACAACACUAACACAAAGGCAAGACCGACUUGAAUUCGCCCCCCCCCCCAAAUCUACACUUCCACACCACCUCUUUGACUCGCCGUGUAACAGCAUUUAAGCUAAAUAACACCUAUACUAAUCAAUAAUAUUUUUUUAAAAAACACACUAGACUGGAAAUUAAGCAUUAAAUUUAGGAAAUAAUGUAUGAUAUAAACAAUGUCAAACUAAUUCGG